GCGGAGAAGGGCCGGAUGAAGAGGACGAUUAUUAAAGAUUGGAAAACAAGACUGAGCUACUUCCUGCAGAACUCUUCCAAUUCUACUAAAAUGAAAUCUAAGAAAGUGGGGAAACACCGCACCUACUUCAGACCUUCCCCUGAAGAAGCCCAGCUGUGGUCAGAAGCCUUUGAUGAACUUCUUGCUAAUAAAUAUGGUCUUGCUGCUUUCCGAGCUUUUUUGAAGUCUGAGUUCUGUGAAGAGAACAUCGAGUUCUGGUUAGCAUGUGAGGACUUCAAGAAAACUAAGUCACCCCAGAAGCUGACAUCAAAAGCAAAAAAAAUUUACAAUGACUUCAUUGAAAAGGAAGCUCCCAAAGAGAUAAACAUAGACUUCCAGACCAAGAACAUGAUUGCACAGAAUAUCCAAGAAGCCACGCAUAACUGUUUCAGUGCAGCACAGAAGAGAGUUUAUAGUUUAAUGGAGAAUAACUCAUACCCAAGGUUUUUGGAAUCUGAAUUCUAUCAGGAGCUGUGCAAGAAGACUCCCAUCACCAGAGCAGCCCAGGGGACAUGAGCGAUGCAGAAGAAUGAGAAGCUGCCUCUUGGCUAUUGAGGAAGCAAGCCACAGCUCAUGGCAGCAUCCUGACCUGAAAGGCUGAGAUACAGAGUGCUCAGCCUGUUUGCCAUGGUGCAAGGACCAAUACUGACUUUGGUGCAGAGCUGAUGGCAAAGUGACAUUGUUGGAGGGCGUUCUGAGGUGAUGGUAGAAGUGUGCCAGCUGGCUGCUGGUGGUGUGCUUCUCUGCGAGUGCUGCAGCAUAAGGUGACUCUGUGCAUGAGACCAAACCAUAUAGUAUAAAAGUCCUUCUGUCACAGCUGAGGUGGUGAUGCAGCAGGUCAGGGCAGAGCUCCCUUCUUGUAAACAGAAGCUUCUCUGUACAGUUACACAGUGCUGGGAACUUGAGUAAUUUAUUUUUCCUAAACAUCAACCAGUGUUGCUGUCAUCAGUCACUGCUCACACUGGUUCUGUAAACUGCCUCUAGCUGCAGAGAUGUGUUGGGUUUCAGUGUAGCUUCCAGACAGUAACAGCACUGUGCAGCAUAAAGUGAGGGAGGGAUGUGACUUGGCUUCCAGAGGAACAGGUUCUGCAGCUAAAGCAUGCAGGACUGGGCUGUGUCAGCAGGGCUGCACAAGGCCAUAUUGAGGGCAGAACUUGGCCGAGGCGAACAGGAGCUGUAUAGUAUUAUAUUUAUAUGUGGAUUAUGAUUGUGUUGAAUGCUGCAGUGUCAUAAUUCUGUCUUGAGGACAGCAAGCUUCAAUGAAGUCUCUUACUGUUUUUAAUAAACUUUUUAUACAAA